AUGGGUGGGGUGGGCAAGACAACCCUUGCUCAACUUGUAUACAAUGAUGCUAGAGUGGAUCAGAAUUUUGAUUUGAAAGCAUGGGUGUGUGUUUCUGAUGACUUUGAUAUUUUUUUGAUAACAAAAAGAAUUGUUGAGGCUGUUACGACAUCAACUAAUCAAAUUAAUGAACUUAAUCAACUUCAAAUCAAGUUGAAAGAGAGCCUAGCAGGGAAGAAAUUUCUGAUUGUUUUAGACGAUGUUUGGAAUGACAAUUCAAUUCACUGGAACCUAUUAAGAAGACCUUUUAGAAUUGGAGCACAGGAAAGUAGAAUUAUCGUAACCACACGCAUUGAUAAAGUUGCAUUAGUCAUGGGCACUAUUCCUAGUUAUUGUCACUUGAAGCAAUUGUCAUUGGAAGAUUGUUGGUCAUUAUUUGCAAAACAUGCAUUUGAGAAUGGAGAUUAUAUGGCUCAUCCAGACCUAGAGAUAAUUGGUAGAGAAAUUGUGAAGAAGUGUGGAGGCCUACCUUUAGCGGUAAAAUCACUUGGAGGUCUCUUGCGGUCUAAAUUGGAAACUGAGGAAUGGGAAAAUAUAUUAAAAAGCGAGAUAUGGGACUUGGAUCCUAACACUCUUCCAGCUUUAAGAUUGAGCUAUCAUUAUCUUCCUUCGCAUUUAAAGCGAUGCUUUGCAUAUUGUUCAAUAUUUCCUAAAGAUUACAAAUUUGAAAAAGAACGAUUAGUCCAUUUAUGGAUAGCCCUUGAUCUUGUGCAACAACCCAAAAAUAAUAUAUUAUUGGAAGAUGCAGGUAAUUACUACUUUCGUGAACUAUUGUCAAGGUCUUUCUUUCAGAAAAUAAGUCAUAACACUAAGUCUGAUUAUGUAAUGCAUGGCCUAAUCCAUGAUUUAGCUCAACAGAUAUCUAGAGAGUUUUGUUUUAGGUUGGAAGAUGGCAAACCCCUUAAUCAUGUAUGUGAAAAAGUUCGUCAUUUCUCGUAUGCUAAGGGUGUAUAUGAUGGAUUCGAGAAAUUCAAGGCUGUUAAUGAGGUUAAGUAUUUACGGACCUUAAUAUCAUUUGAUGAAAAAGCAUAUUGUUUCUUAGGCAAUAAGGUACUACGUGAUCUGUUGCCAAGCCUGAGAUGCUUAAGGGUGCUAUCUUUGUCUCAUUACUGGAUUUCUGAAUUGCCUCAAUCGAUUGAAAAUUUGAUACUUUUACGCUAUUUAGACGUCUCUUGGACAAAAAUCAGACGGUUACCUGAUGCGGUAACAACCUUGUGCAAUUUACAGAUAUUAGAUUUGUCAUAUUGUCGGGAUCUCACUGAAUUGCCUCUGAAUAUGGGUAAACUAAUAAACUUGCGUUAUCUGGAUGUCAGAGGAACAACAUUAACUGAAAUGCCGAUACAAUUGAGCAGACUGAAAAAUCUCCAACAUUUAACAUAUUUUGUAGUUGGCAAGAAUAGUGGAUCAAGGAGUAAUGGAUUGAAGGAACUGUGUCAUCUUCGGGGGGAACUUCUCAUUUCAGGGCUUCAAAAUAUGACAAGUGGUCUCGAUGCAUCAGAAGCCAAUCUAAAAGGAAAGGAGCACCUUGAAGGGUUAGAGUUCAAAUGGGAUGGUGAUGCUAAUGAUUCACACAAAGAAAGAGAUGUACUUGACAGGCUACAACCUCAUGCUAGGGUGAAGGAUCUACGCAUCAUUAACUAUGGGGGCACAAGAUUUCCGAAUUGGUUAGAGAGAACUCGUUCGUUUCAUAACAUGGUGUCCUUAAAAUUAAUAAGGUGUGGAAAUUGCUAUUCUUUGCCAUCGAUUGGCCAACUACCCUCUCUAAAGUAUCUAAGAAUUGAAGGGAUGAAAGCAAUAACUAAGGUGAGUCAGGAAUUCUAUGGGGAUGCUGAUUCUUCAAUGAAACCAUUUCAAUCUCUCGAGACACUAAGCUUCAAAGAAAUGGAAGAGUGGGAGGAAUGGGAUGCAUUAGGUGCUGGAGAGUUCUCUCGCCUUUUAGAACUUUCUUUGGUCGAUUGCUCUAAGCUAACCGGUGAAUUACCCAGUCAUGUCCUUUCUUUAAGAAAAAUAGAAAUUUCUGGAUGCCAACAGCUUGUGCCAGAUCAAGUGAGGCAGCUGCUGCUACACCGACCUCAUCUUGAGGAAUUGAAUAUUUCAGAUAUGUCAAACUUCAUGGAAUUUCAGCCGGAAUUGUGCAAUUUAAUGAAACUUGAAAGGUUGACGAUAAAGAAAUGCCCGAGCCUUGUGUCAUUUCUGGAUGUGGGAUUGCCGUCCCUAGCAGCAGUACCAAAGGGAAUAAAUAUGAAUAUGAAUAUGAUGGGCAUCAACAAUUGCCUUCAAGAGUUGCGCAUCUAUGAUUGUUCAUCUCUUCUUCAGUUGUCUUUCCUCAUUGAUGGUCUACCUGCUCCCACAUUGAAAACACUUGAGAUCUCCUCCUGUAGUCGUAUAGAAUUUUCCCUGACGGAGCAUAAUCACCACACAUGUUCCAUUGAAAAUCUGAUUGUAUACAACUGUGACCUUCUCAAGUCAUUGUCAUUGGGAUUAUUCCCAAAGCUUCGUUAUCUCAAGAUCUCAGGGAACAUAAAUUUUGAAACGCUUUCAAUUCGAGAUGGCGAAGAGCUUCAAAAUCUGAUGGAGCUUAAAAUAGAUGAUUGCCCUAAAAUGGUAUACUUUCCCCAUGGUGAUGGAGGAAGAUUAUUGCCUGCUCCCAAUCUGACGUAUUUGAGAAUCAGUUUUUGCAAUAAUUUGAAGUCGCUGCCGCAACAAAUGCACACCCUCCUCCCAUCUCUUGAAAGAUUGUAUAUAUGGAACUGUCCAGAAGUUGAAUCCUUUCCAGACGGAGGUUUGCCGUCCAACUUAACUACACUUUGGGUCUGUAAUUGUGAGAAACUGAUGAAGGGUCGGAUCGGUUGGGGUUUGCAAACACCUUCGUCUCUUAAAGAAUUCGAUAUCUGGGGUGAAUAUGAGGAAGAAAUGUUGGAGUCAUUUCCAGAGGAGUGGCUAUUACCCACCACUAUUACCACUCUUUGGAUUGCAAAACUUCCAAAUCUGAAAUCAGUGAACCACAAGGGCCUUCAACACCUCACCUCUCUUACAAGUCUAUACCUGCAUGAAUGCCCAAAGCUCCAGUCAUUGCCAAAAGAGGGGCUGCCCAACUCCCUCUCUUUUCUGCAGAUACAGAAUUGUCCAUUGCUGAAACCACGCUGCCAAAGGGAUAAUGGGAAAGAUUGGCCCAAGAUUUCCCAAAUCCCCUGGAUAAGCCUUGAUGGUGAAGACAUCAUAAACUUAGAGUGA